UAGCGGAGUGCGAGCCCCAGCAUCCCGGGCGCUCCCUCCCGCCGCAGCCGCCCGGUCCGCCCCGCCCCGCCCCGCCCGCGCGCACCGCCGCACCUGCGGGCACUCGCCCCGGCGUCUGCGGGACCCGCGGGCACCGAGCGCGCCGCCACCCUCCUGCGCCGCCCUCGCACACACAGAUACCACUUUUAAAGAAGCCGAAGCGCUGCAGCCCACCGACGCCGAGCGAGCGCUGCCGGCUGCGGCCGUUGCUUUCCCUGUCUGCAGUUGAGUCCGGACCCUGGAAUAGAAAGACAGUUCUCGGUUGGAUUGGAAGGAAGACUCCUCUGUUCCCGAGGAGAGCGGAGCGACUGCCCUAGUGAAGAAAUGAAGAAUCAAAGAAGUAAAGGACCUCUCUCAAAGUCACAUAACUAGGGAAUCUUGAGGAGUUGUGAACUUUCCAUCUGCCAGCCACCUCUCCCCUUCGGGGGGAGGAUCUUACUUGCUUGAAAUAAAGGGAAAGUGGUUCUUGGCCCGUGAAACCCCAGUGGCAGUGCCUGGCUGUCAGUAUGCUGGCCCCAAUGUUGACGGACAUAAUGGCUUUUGGCUCCAGGUUCCUGUCCUGAGACCACAGCAGAAAGUGCCUUGGAUGAAGGCUUGGACUCCUGAAUCGUCUGGUGACUUCAACUGUCUGGUCUCAGGGUGGAGAACGUCCUUUGAAUGCCUAACCUGUGAGUCGAUGAUGAUGGUGCCUGUCCAUUGACUGAACAACUGUGGUGUUCAACAUUCUGAGGCCAGGAACUGUUUCUGAAACACUCUACAGAGCUCAUAGAUGGGAGAAGUCUGGUGAGCACCCAGGGGAUCUAAAUAGCAAGCUCUAAAAGGGUUCCAGCUGAAGUUUCUGAGCAGAGCAGUCACUGUGGCUCCCUAGGCUGAGUUUCCAAGCUGCUGGUUCAUGCCAUUGACAAGCUGCAGGAUGGUGCCCGUGGCCAGGCCGCUGUCGCUGCUCCUCGCCUUCUUCCUCUGCGCCUGUGCUGAGACACCCCCCAGGUUUACACGAACUCCGGUUGAUCAGACAGGGGUCUCUGGAGGAGUUGCAUCGUUCAUUUGUCAAGCUACAGGAGACCCAAGACCUAAAAUUGUCUGGAACAAAAAAGGAAAGAAAGUCAGCAACCAGAGAUUUGAGGUAGUAAUAGAAUUUGACGAUGGAUCUGGAUCAGUUCUCAGAAUACAGCCCUUAAGGACUCCACGGGAUGAGGCCAUUUAUGAAUGUGUGGCCUCGAAUAAUGUGGGAGAAAUAAGUGUGUCCACCAGACUCACAGUUUUACGUGAGGAUCAGAUUCCUAGGGGCUUCCCUACAAUUGAUAUGGGCCCACAGUUGAAGGUGGUGGAACGUACCCGCACCGCCACCAUGCUUUGUGCAGCCAGUGGUAAUCCGGAUCCAGAAAUCACUUGGUUUAAAGAUUUCUUACCUGUUGACACAAGCAACAACAAUGGUCGUAUUAAGCAGUUACGAUCAGAAUCUAUUGGUGGUACACCAAUAAGAGGAGCCCUGCAGAUCGAACAGAGUGAAGAAUCCGACCAAGGAAAAUAUGAGUGUGUUGCCACCAACAGCGCGGGCACUCGCUACUCUGCCCCUGCCAAUUUAUAUGUCAGAGAGCUGCGAGAAGUUCGCCGUGUCCCACCAAGAUUCUCUAUCCCACCCACUAAUCAUGAAAUCAUGCCAGGUGGAAGUGUAAAUAUCACCUGUGUGGCAGUGGGGUCACCAAUGCCUUAUGUGAAGUGGAUGUUGGGGGCAGAAGAUCUGACACCAGAAGAUGAUAUGCCAAUAGGAAGAAAUGUCCUAGAACUGAAUGAUGUAAGACAGUCAGCAAAUUACACCUGUGUUGCUAUGUCGACACUGGGGGUCAUUGAAGCAAUAGCACAGAUCACUGUCAAAGCCUUACCCAAGCCUCCAGGAACUCCUGUGGUGACUGAGAGCACAGCUACGAGCAUCACACUAACAUGGGACUCUGGGAAUCCUGAGCCUGUCUCUUACUACAUCAUUCAGCAUAAGCCUAAAAAUUCUGAGGAACCAUAUAAAGAAAUUGACGGGGUAGCAACCACACGCUACAGUGUUGCCGGAUUAAGUCCCUACUCGGAUUAUGAAUUUAGAGUUGUUGCUGUCAAUAACAUUGGGCGAGGCCCAGCAAGUGAACCUGUGUUAACUCAGACCUCAGAACAAGCACCGUCUAGUGCCCCACGGGAUGUUCAGGCACGCAUGUUGAGCUCUACCACCAUUCUGGUACAGUGGAAGGAACCUGAGGAGCCAAAUGGACAGAUCCAAGGGUAUAGAGUCUAUUAUACAAUGGACCCCACUCAGCAUGUCAACAACUGGAUGAAACACAAUGUAGCUGAUAGCCAAAUCACUACUAUUGGCAACUUAGUACCCCAAAAAACAUACUCUGUCAAAGUCCUAGCUUUUACCUCAAUUGGAGAUGGUCCUCUUUCUAGUGAUAUACAAGUCAUCACUCAGACAGGAGUACCAGGGCAGCCAUUAAACUUCAAAGCAGAACCUGAAUCUGAAACAAGUAUUUUGCUGUCUUGGACACCGCCACGUUCGGAUACCAUUGCCAGCUAUGAACUGGUUUACAGAGAUGGGGAACAAGGAGAAGAGCAGCGAAUCACCAUUGAGCCAGGCACAUCUUAUAGGCUUCAAGGGCUGAAACCAAACAGCCUGUACUACUUCCGUCUGUCUGCACGCUCUCCUCAAGGCCUGGGUGCUUCUACAACUGAAAUAUCAGCUAGAACCAUGCAAUCAAAGCCGUCAGCUCCUCCUCAAGAUAUUAGUUGCACCAGCCCAAGUUCCACUAGUAUUUUGGUAAGUUGGCAACCUCCACCAGUGGAAAAACAGAAUGGCAUUAUCACUGAAUACUCCCUCAAGUAUGCAGCAGUGGAUGGGGAAGACUACAAGCCUCAUGAGAUUUUGGGAAUUCCUUCGGAUACUACCAAAUACCUUUUGGAACAGCUGGAAAAAUGGACUGAAUACCGGAUCACUGUGACUGCCCACACAGAUGUCGGCCCUGGCCCUGAGAGCUUGCCGGUGUUGAUUCGAACCGAUGAAGAUGUUCCAAGUGGUCCUCCUCGCAAAGUCGAGGUGGAGGCUGUCAACGCCACAGCUGUUAAAGUCUCGUGGCGCUCACCUGUGCCCAAUAAGCAGCAUGGCCAGAUAAGAGGAUAUCAGGUGCACUACGUGAAGAUGGAAAAUGGCGAGCCCAAGGGCCAGCCCAUGCUGAAGGACGUCAUGCUGGCCGAUGCACAGUGGGAAUUUGAUGAUACUACUGAACAUGACAUGAUCAUUUCUGGGCUACAGCCUGAAACUUCAUACUCCCUCACCGUCACAGCUUACACCACCAAAGGAGAUGGAGCUCGAAGCAAGCCCAAACUAGUGUCCACCACUGGGGCAGUUCCAGGGAAACCCCGGCUUGUGAUUAAUCACACCCAAAUGAAUACUGCUCUCAUUCAAUGGCACCCCCCUGUGGACACAUUUGGACCCCUUCAGGGCUACAGACUGAAAUUUGGCCGGAAAGACAUGGAGCCACUCACUACUCUGGAGUUCUCUGAGAAAGAAGAUCACUUCACAGCCACAGACAUCCACAAGGGUGCAUCAUAUGUCUUUAGACUGUCAGCCAGAAACAAAGUGGGCUUCGGGGAGGAAAUGGUGAAAGAAAUUUCUGUUCCAGAAGAAAUACCAACUGGAUUCCCUCAAAACCUCCACUCAGAAGGCACCACUUCAACCUCUGUUCAGUUAUUAUGGCAACCACCUGUCCUAGCAGAGAGAAAUGGUGUUAUCACCAAGUAUACCCUCCUGUAUAGGGAUAUCAACGUUCCCCUUCUUCCAAUGGAGCACCUUAUUGUUCCAGCUGACACUUCUAUGACACUCACUGGCUUAAAAUCAGAUACUACAUAUGAUGUAAAAGUACGUGCUCACACGAGCAAAGGGCCCGGGCCAUAUAGUCCCAGUGUCCAGUUCAGGACACUGCCUGUGGAUCAAGCAGUGUUUGCAAAAAAUUUUCAUGUCAAAGCAGUCAUGAAGACUUCAGUGCUACUGUCUUGGGAGAUUCCAGAGAAUUAUAAUUCUGCUAUGCCUUUCAAAAUUCUUUAUGAUGAUGGGAAAAUGGUGGAAGAAGUGGAUGGCCGAGCUACUCAGAAGUUGAUUGUUAACCUGAAGCCUGAGAAGUCAUAUUCCUUUGUGUUAACUAAUCGUGGGAACAGUGCUGGCGGAUUGCAGCAUAGGGUGACAGCAAAGACUGCCCCAGAUGUGCUUCGCACCAAGCCUGCCUUCAUUGGGAAGACAAACUUGGAUGGUAUGAUUACUGUGCAACUGCCUGAUGUUCCUGCAAAUGAAAACAUAAAGGGUUACUACAUUAUAAUUGUGCCUUUGAAGAAGUCUCGUGGGAAAUUCAUCAAGCCCUGGGAGAGCCCUGAUGAAAUGGAGUUAGAUGAGCUGCUUAAGGAGAUAUCUAGAAAACGCAGAAGCAUCCGUUAUGGAAGAGAAGUUGAAUUAAAGCCAUACAUUGCUGCUCACUUUGAUGUCCUUCCCACUGAGUUCACCCUGGGGGAUGACAAACAUUAUGGUGGAUUUACGAACAAACAACUCCAAAGUGGACAAGAAUAUGUCUUCUUUGUGUUAGCAGUGAUGGACCAUGCAGAGUCCAAGAUGUAUGCAACCAGCCCAUACUCCGACCCUGUUGUGUCAAUGGAUCUGGAUCCACAGCCAAUCACAGAUGAAGAGGAAGGCUUGAUAUGGGUCGUAGGUCCUGUCCUUGCCGUGGUGUUUAUCAUCUGUAUUGUGAUUGCUAUUCUUCUUUAUAAAAGCAGUAAACCUGACAGGAAGAGGGCAGAGUCGGAGUCCAGAAAGAGCAGCUUACCAAACAGUAAGGAGGUCCCUUCACACCACCCAACAGACCCAGUAGAACUAAGGCGCCUUAACUUUCAAACACCAGCGUUGAGCAGUAAUUCAGUCCCCUACGCCUCCCUGAUUGGCUCUGUGUCCUCCCUCUCUAGCCAAACCACCACUCAGUCCAUAUAUGAUAAUAACUCUCUCCCACGAUUCGCUCGAAAAGGUAUGGCUAGCCAUCCUCCAAUACCUAUCUUGGAACUUGCAGAUCAUAUUGAGAGGUUGAAAGCAAAUGAUAACCUGAAGUUUUCCCAGGAAUAUGAGUCAAUUGACCCUGGCCAGCAGUUCACAUGGGAACACUCAAACUUGGAAGUAAACAAACCAAAGAACAGAUAUGCAAAUGUCAUUGCAUAUGAUCACUCUCGGGUUCUCUUAUCAGCAAUAGAAGGAAUCCCAGGAAGUGACUAUGUGAAUGCCAACUACAUAGAUGGCUAUAGGAAACAAAAUGCCUACAUUGCAACCCAGGGAUCUCUUCCUGAAACGUUUGGGGACUUUUGGAGAAUGAUAUGGGAGCAACGAAGUGCCACAGUUGUCAUGAUGACAAAGCUAGAAGAAAGGUCGAGGGUGAAGUGUGACCAGUAUUGGCCUAGCAGAGGCACAGAAACUCAUGGGCUGGUCCAGGUGACGCUGUUGGAUACUGUGGAGCUUGCCACAUAUUGUGUCCGGACAUUUGCACUUUAUAAGAAUGGUUCGAGUGAGAAGAGAGAAGUGAGACAAUUCCAGUUCACCGCCUGGCCUGAUCAUGGUGUUCCAGAGCACCCCACACCUUUCCUAGCUUUCUUACGAAGAGUCAAAGCCUGCAAUCCUCCUGAUGCAGGGCCAAUGGUCGUACACUGCAGUGCGGGUGUUGGCAGAACUGGCUGUUUCAUUGUAAUAGAUGCCAUGUUAGAAAGAAUAAAGCAUGAAAAAACUGUAGAUAUUUAUGGCCAUGUAACUUUAAUGAGAGCCCAGAGGAAUUACAUGGUGCAAACAGAAGACCAGUACAUCUUUAUCCAUGAUGCACUGUUAGAAGCAGUGACAUGUGGAAAUACCGAAGUGCCAGCUAGAAACUUGUAUGCCUACAUUCAGAAGCUGACACAAAUAGAAACAGGGGAGAAUGUCACCGGAAUGGAGCUCGAAUUUAAGCGUCUAGCUAGCUCAAAAGCUCACACCUCAAGAUUCAUCAGUGCCAAUCUUCCAUGUAAUAAAUUCAAAAACCGCCUUGUUAAUAUUAUGCCAUAUGAAUCCACAAGGGUGUGCCUGCAGCCUAUCCGAGGAGUUGAAGGCUCUGACUACAUCAAUGCCAGUUUUCUUGAUGGAUAUAGACAACAGAAAGCCUACAUUGCUACCCAGGGGCCAUUAGCAGAGACGACUGAAGACUUUUGGCGCAUGCUUUGGGAACACAACUCCACCAUAGUUGUGAUGCUCACCAAGCUGAGAGAAAUGGGCCGAGAGAAAUGUCACCAGUACUGGCCAGCAGAACGAUCUGCAAGAUACCAGUAUUUUGUUGUAGAUCCCAUGGCUGAAUACAACAUGCCUCAGUAUAUCCUGAGGGAAUUCAAGGUCACGGAUGCCAGGGACGGCCAGUCCCGAACAGUGAGGCAGUUCCAGUUCACUGACUGGCCAGAACAAGGAGUGCCAAAGUCUGGAGAAGGAUUUAUUGACUUCAUCGGCCAAGUCCAUAAAACAAAGGAACAGUUUGGCCAAGAUGGGCCCAUUUCAGUGCAUUGCAGUGCCGGCGUUGGAAGAACCGGAGUCUUCAUAACAUUGAGUAUUGUGUUGGAAAGAAUGAGAUAUGAAGGGGUGGUAGAUAUAUUCCAGACAGUCAAGAUGUUAAGAACACAACGACCAGCCAUGGUACAAACCGAGGAUCAAUACCAGUUCUGCUAUCGAGCCGCACUAGAAUACUUGGGCAGCUUUGAUCACUAUGCAACGUAGAAACCCCUGACCCCUUCUGGAUUUUUACUACAGGCCCUUCGCUAUCCAUGGAGUCUCUUCUGAGCCAUACAGGGCACUUGAGAAGUCCUUCUUAACUUCUAGCUAACAGCCACUUAGUGGGACUAUUACAAAACAAAAAACAAACUCUUCCAAGUGGACCAAGAAUUCACAGUUUAAUCAUCUAACCUGAAAAAUAAUAACAAGAAUCCUGACUAUGGAGGCAUCUGAAGGAUUUUAUUUACAGAUACCUCAAGGAUUCAAAAUAAAGGGAAGAAGAAAUGACAGCAAAGAACCACCAUCUUGUUCAGGAUUGCUUGAUAUGGACAGAGAGAGCUUGCCUGUGGGCCUCAGUUCAGCACAAGGCAUUUGCUGGUGUGGCUUCUCACAUAAGGUGGACUCUGCUUCAAUAUCGCCCCUUUCCCCAUGCCACUCAUACUUAUAUUUUAGGGGUAAGGGUGGGGAUGUUUAAAAAAAGAAAGUCCUUGAUUUCAUGGUUAGUGUUGUAAAGAUUCUGCUGACCUGUGCUUCAUUUCUAACUAUGUAAACUUUUUUUUUUUAAACAAAUUGUAUCAUUCGAUAAAGUAAAUUUAAAACGUUAUGUAAUUUUUCAUUUUUUUAAUUUCUAAACUCUAGGUCUUUUUAAGCUAUAGAAUGGUUAUCUGUAAUAUCUUACUGUAGAAAUAUCAAAUAAUUUGAAACUUUGCACAUUUUUGUGCAAUGCUCAAUCUACAGUACCUGUCUCAACAGCUAUUACUCACACAUCUGUUUUGUAUAACUGAUGAGAAAGUGCCCAUUCUCUGCAAGCUUCAAGGGGGAUUUUGUUUUGCUUUGUUUUCUUUUUGGAAUCAACAGGGAGGCGCAAAGUAUAAAGUUGCUGCUAGCAUGUAUAUAUACAUAGAUAUCUAUAUUUUAAAGAUAUCUAUGUAUAUAUAGACAGUACGUCCACACAAAGGUUUAACUGUCAUUAGGUUCUUCCAUGGGUUAGGUUUUUUGUUUUUUUGUUUGUUUGGUUGGUUGUAUUUUUUUUUUUAAGUAUUGAAAGUGAUUGUAAACAUCUUUUUCAAGUUAUUUUUAAUAUUGCAAAACUUUAAUUUGUAAAGGGAAUUGAGGAGUGCACAUCAUUGAUUUUUGAGCCUCGCCCCUAACUUUCCAGCCUUGUACUCCCCCAUCUACCCAACCAUAUCCACAAAUACUGUUUUGUUAGCCAGGCUUCCAACAAAAUCAAUAUUUCUAACACUCUAGUGCAAUAACAAUUGUUAAAUAUCUAAGAGGUGUGCAUGUGGGAAAGGUCAGUGCAUAUCCCUUUAGGAGGGAAGAAUGUUGUAAUAUAUCAGCUAUCAAGUUGUUUUUUUAAAAAAAGUAUAUUCAAUCAUAUAUUGUCUAUAGUAUGUGCUAUGAAAUUUGCAUUUAUGAUAUGUAACAGGGGCAAAGCCAAACUCAUGUUACUCUUUUCAGUCAGAAACAUGUUGUGGCUGCGGCGUUCCUGGGAGGCGCUGUGCUGUUUCAUUCGGUUUUAGUUCUGCAUUUAGAGUGCCUUAUAAUUGAUGCCUAUUUUAAUAGCAUUUCUUUUACCUUUCAGUUCUGAUUUCCAUUAGGUGUUCACAUUUGUUUCUCUUUCAAUUAAAACAUUACCUGUCUACCACAUGUAUAUAAACUCUUUGAAUAAUAUGCAUUCCUAGUUUUCAGCCAAGUGGGGGAUGUUAGUGACUGUACCAGCCCAAAGCACUUGGAUCAUCAGGGCCUCUCCUUUCCUCAUUGUCACGUCAGAAAGAGCAACUUGUUUCACUUCGAAUUCCUUCCAAAUCUGCUCUGGAGCAUGCAGUAACCACCAGUCUUAUUUAUAGAAACAACUUUGGGAUAUAUUUGAUAUUCCAUUAGGAUUUUUCUGAAAGGGGCAAUAAAUUAUAUAUAUGUAUGUAUCUCCCCAGACAUUUCCAUAGGAAGCCAUGGAUGAUGGCAUGAAUUUGCCACAUGUUAUAUGAUUUUAAAGUACCCUCCACAAAUACUAAGAACUCUGAAAGAGUUUUGAUACAGGUAUAAUAUUUUGGUUUAAUUUUAGCUUCAUGAUGUUCUGCAUGGAAGGGUAUUUGUUUUCAUAUCUUCCCAUCACUAGCAGAAUAAAAUCCUAGAGACCAAACACUUGCAAGUAUCAUAUUUGAGCAAUUUUUUUUUUGUAAAAAAAGAAAAACAAAACACAAAAAUUUAAAAAAAAAAUGAACAAAAACAAAAAAGAGAAAAAUAGAAAUAUAUAUAUAAUACUAAAAAAAAGAAACUAGAAGGCUACCUCAGAAUGAGACUCUCUAACCUACAUCAGAACCAGAUAGAAUGUGCACUGUGUGAGUCUAUUGUUUUCUUUUCACUUGUACCAUUGAAGAUUUAUCCAAGUGCCCGGUUGCUCAGUGCUAUAAUUUUAUUUUAGUGAAACAAUGUAGGUCAGAUAGGUUAUUGUGUCACUUAGACAUGCCAUUUUGGACAUGUUGAAUCUAAUGGAAUAUCACACACCAGAAUGACUGGCCAGUGAGCAGUUUGUUUCUCUGCAACAAAAGCUGUCAGUAUGGCAGGAGAGAUGACAGUAAUCAUCAAAAGAAAUGAAUGGAAUGUGUCCUGCAAGAGGAUGAGGUGGGCAUUACUCCAGAAUCAGGAGCUGUUCCUAGAACUAACUCCCCACUGUCACUGAUGUGCAUUCCACUCUGUACUUUGCUUUAUGACCAUUCAAGUUUAAUUUCCCAGGCAAACAUCAGUAUCUACCAUUACCAUAAACAUCCAAGUUUCCAGUUAUUUUCAUCAUCAUAACCAGUACGGUGCUAUUAUUUACCUAUGUAUGUGUAGUUAUGUAUAAUUUUGUAAUUAGUUACAAUGGUAAAAUAUCAAAUAUAUAAAAGUGAUUUGUACAGAACUUUAUUUUAGCUCUUUUUUAAAAAUGGUUUGCAUGGUUAGACAAGGCAAGGACAGCCAGGGGAGGGAAGGGCCUCUAGGGAACUUUGCACUUUCUAUACCUUUGUACUAUGCACUGCCCUAUUGAUUCUACACCCAAUAAUGUUAUUACUUGAACCCAUCUGUAAGGAACUGCUUCAAAAGUUCAUUUAUGUGUCUGUGGAUAACACAUCACAACAGGAAAGGAAAAAAUGCCUAGUAGCACACAGUUUUUUUCUUUCCUGCUGAGUUUUGGGUUAGCUUUGUUUCAGUCUUUCUUGUCAUUUUAAAAUCCCCUUCCCAUUUUUUUUUCUCUUUUGGUUUUGAUUUUCAUUGGGUAUAUGGGUGCCCUGAUACUCCAGCAGAGGUCAGAAGGCUAUAGAUCCAUCCUAUCCAUCCGUUACAUGGCUUUGCCAUACAAGCUUGGAGUGUCUUUACAAAGAUAACAGUUGUGUUCUUUGCUCUCGUUUUGGAUGCAUAGACUGAAAAUUCAAAAAAAAAAUAACUUGUAAAAUGGCUUGUUAAAAAAAUACAAUUACCUCUAAUUAGUAGUACGCGUAAGUGUUUUACAGAAUGAAAGGCGUGCUUUUUAUUUUCUUACUUCGUUACAUUGGUGGCGAAAGAAGUCUGUAUGAAAAUCAGUUCUUUGCUGACACAGGUUCCAUUUGUUACAAAUGAAUUCUAAUAAAAAUGUCAGUGUUAUGCA